AUGGGAUGUUCCAUAUGGACAUCUAGGUUCAACUUUGGACACCUCAAGGCGCAGUCCAAGGUGUCGGUGUUUUUUACCAUGAUUAUAUUUUUUACUUAUUUAUUUUACUGCCUCACGGGAUACUGCGAUUCACUACCCAGACCGUUGUAUGAGCACCAAAGUGUGAGAAACAAACUUCGCUUUGAGGACGGGUCGAAAAACCAGCGAGGCGCGCGGUGGAACGUUUCCACACUGAGAGAACUCCCCGGUUCGAACCAACUGGGUAUUUUUCCUCAGGACACUCGUAACGGCCAGCGAGAAAUUUCAAGUGACAGAAACAGACAACAAGUGGAGGUGGCGGGCAAUCUUUCGGUGUCCAACAACUUCGGGACUAAGGAGUUCCCUCAGGCGAUUAUUAUCGGCGUGAAGAAAGGGGGGACACGAGCGCUGCUGGAGUUCCUGCGCGUUCAUCCCGAUGUCCGAGCUGUUGGUGCGGAGCCACAUUUUUUCGACAGGUUUUACGAUAAGGGACUUGAAUGGUACAGGAACCUGAUGCCUCGGACUCUGGAGGGUCAGAUCACCAUGGAGAAGACGCCGAGUUACUUCGUCACCCGAGAGGCUCCCCGCCGGGUCUUCACCAUGAGUCGCCACACCAAGCUCAUCGUGGUGGUCCGAGACCCCGUGACGCGAGCCGUGUCGGAUUACACCCAGACGCUGUCCAAAAACCCGGGCCUGCCCUCCUUCCAGAACCUGGCCUUCAAGAACACCACCUCGGGCCUCAUUGACACGUCCUGGAGCGCCGUGAGGAUCGGGAUCUACGCCAAACACCUGGAGAACUGGCUGAGGUAUUUCCCGCUCUCGCGGCUGCUCUUCGUCAGCGGGGAACGGCUGGUGACCGACCCGGCCGGGGAGAUGGGGCGUGUGCAGGACUUCCUGGGCCUGAAGAGGGUGGUCACCAACAAGCACUUCUACUUUAACCAGACCAAAGGGUUCCCCUGCCUGAAGAAGCCGGAGGGAAGCAGCAGGCCGAGGUGCCUGGGAAAGUCGAAAGGUCGGCCGCACCCUCACAUUCCGCAGGACGUGCUACUGAGACUCAGAGAAUUCUACAGGCCUUUCAACCUCAAGUUCUACCAGAUGACCGGACAGGACUUCGGCUGGGAUUGA